GUUUUAGACCGUUAAAAUGUCCAUUGGCGCCACCGCCCCUAAAGCACCUAUCUAUCAGCUGGGCUCAAAAGCCUUAGCCGUUCCGAUGAAUUUGCAUGUUUUAAAUCGGAAGCGUCUCUGUAAACGUAUCCAGCAGCGUUGGCAUGACGCAUUUGCCAACACUGAGGGACUCUACUCAUCUUUAGAAGGAGUGUAUAUCCUGCUCCAAGGCGGAUCGGAUACUUUCCGUGGUGACUCGGACGCAGCCAACGUUUUCCGGCAGGAGUCAUUUUUCCAUUGGACUUUCGGUGGUCUGGAGCCGGAUAUGUAUGGGGCGAUUGAAGUAGCCACUGGGAAAUCAAUCUUAUUCAUUACUCGUAUACCCGAGAAGGUACUUGUCUACGACGGAGCGCCUGACGAACCAAGUGACGUUUCAAAGAAGUACGCUGUCGACGAGGUAUAUUACACAGACGAGAUGCCGAACUUUUUCGAAAACAGUGGUGCGACCUUGCUUUUAACACUGCGAGGGCUUAACAGUGAUAGUGGAAGAUAUACCCAGGAAGCUUCCUUUCCGGGCAUUGAGAGAUUUCGCGUAAAUAACUCCAUUCUCCAUCCAGAGAUAGUUGAAUGUCGCUGUCACAAAACAUCUGAAGAGUUGGAAGUACUUCGGUACGCGAAUCGUAUCAGCAGUGCAGCACACCGCCACUUAAUGCGAUCCGUGAAGCCAGGCAUGCACGAAUUUGAGGCAGAGAGCAUAUUCUUGCACUACUGCUAUUUCCAUGGCGGUAUGCGUCACGUUGCCUACACUUGUAUUGGGGCCUCCGGAUGUAACUGCGCCAUAUUGCACUACGGGCACGCUGGUAAGCCGAAUCAACGCCGGAUUUCGGACGGUGAUAUGUGCCUUUUCGAUAUGGGUGGAGAGUAUUACUGUUACACUUCUGAUAUCACCUGCUCGUUUCCCGCAAAUGGACGUUUCACUGCAGAUCAGAAGUUGGUGUACGAAGCUGUCCUCGAUGCAUCUCGUUCUGUUCUGGCUAUGUUGAAGCCAGGCGUUUCCUGGGUGGACGCACACAAACUAGCGGAACAUACAAUUUUGAAACAUUUGCUCACUGGAGGUCUUCUUUGCGGCAGUGUGGACGAAAUGAUGACAUUCUAUUUGGGUGCCAUUUUCAUGCCACAUGGUCUUGGGCACCUGAUGGGCUGUGACGUCCAUGAUGUUGGGGGUUACACCUCCCACUCACCGGCUCGACCAGAGCCUCCGGGCCUGCAGAAUCUACGAACGGCUAGAGUAUUGGAAGCAGACAUGGUGAUCACAGUUGAGCCGGGUUGCUAUUUCAUCAACUAUCUUCUGGAUAAGGCUUUAGCCGACGAAAAUUUGAGCAAAUUUAUUGUUCCAGACGUCCUCAAACGAUUCAGAAAUUUUGGAGGCGUACGAAUAGAGGACAAUGUUUUGAUUACCGCAACCGGCUACGAACUACUCACAGAUGUGCCCAGGACUGUGAAGGAAAUCGAAGACUGGAUGACACAUGCUCCAUCCAAUGAAAAGGAUUUCUAGUUUCCACCCUCAAGUACCAUGACAACUGCCUACCAACCUGCGCGUUCCAUUUUUUUCUUUUGUCUAACCACGCCUCUUUGAUUCAUUGAACGAUCACAUCUGUCCACUUUUAAUGUACCUCGUUUUUAUAAACAAUACUCCGCUCUUCCUCUCUGUAGCUGGUCUCAUUUUUAAUAUUACUUUCUUGCGUAUACUAAUACUAACCAGCUCUAAUAUUCUUUGGUCCCAAGUCAUUGUGCACCUUCCCGGAGCAGCUACUUAUAUUACUACCUAGAUAAGCGACAUAUUUCUCGACAGUGCGC